GGCCGCUGAGGGGAAGGGCGGGCCUCGGCCGGUCCUUGCCGCUUUUAACCGGUUUUAACCGGUUUUAACCGGUGCCGGAGGCGGCCAUGGGGCCCCGCAGCGCCGGCAGGAAGGGCGGGGCCGCCGUCUUCGCCGCCGUCUGGGCCGUCUUCGCCGCCACGCUGCCCCCCUCGGUGCCCGGCGGUGACUCCGGGGAGCUGAUCACAGCCGCCUAUGAGCUUGGAGUGGCCCACCCUCCCGGCUACCCGCUGUUCACUCUGCUGGCCAGGCUGGCCAUUGGGCUCAUCCCUUUCGGCUCCGUCGCCUACCGAGUCAAUCUGCUGUGCGGCCUGUUCGGAGCCGCCACGGCCGCCCUGCUUUUCUUCACGGUCUUCAGGCUUUCCGGCUCCUUCGCUGGAGGGAUCCUGGCUUCGGGGAUGUUCUCGUUUUCGCGCCUGACGUGGCAGUGGUCCACCACCGCCGAGGUCUUCAGCCUCAACAACGUGUUCGUGGGGCUGCUCAUGGCCCUGGCCGUUCGGUUCGAGGAGGCUUCCGCCGCUCAAGAGAGGUCGAAGGUAGCUCAGAUCGGCGCCUUCUGCAGUGGCCUGAGCUUAUGCAACCAACACACCAUAGUCCUCUAUGUCCUGUGCAUCGCGCCCUGGGUCCUGCUCCGCCUUCUCAGAGAGAAGGAGCUGUCCGGGGGCCGCUGGGCCAAGCUGACGCUCUGCUUCUCGGCCGGCCUCCUGCCGUACCUCUACCUGCCCGUCUCCUCGGGCCUAAACCGGGCCCGCUGGACGUGGGGGGAUCAGACGACGCUCUCGGGAUUCCUCACCCAUUUCUUCAGGGAAGAGUACGGGACAUUCAAUCUGGCCAAGUCGGAGACGGGAUCCAGCCUGGCGGAGAUCCUGCUGUUGCAAGUGGUAAAUAUGAGGAAGGAACUCUCCCUUAACGUCCAGGCCCUCGCGGUCGUGGCCUGCCUGUGCGCAGCAGAACCGGACAGACGGAAUCGGUCGUUGGUGUGGCUUUUUGCCGGCAUGCUCUGCGUGUAUUCCCUCUUCUUUGCCUGGAGGGCAAAUUUAGAUAUUUCAAAACCACUCUUCACGGGCGUGGUAGAGCGGUUCUGGCUGCAGAGCAACGCGGUGGUGGCGGUCCUGGCGGGCCUGGGCUUGGCCUCGUUGACCUCUCUGAGCCGCAGGGUCCUGGCCCGCGACGGAGUCCCGCGCUGCCUGGAGGGGCUGGCUGCCGUCCUCUUGGUCACCUGCCAGCUCCGCUCCAAUUACAGCACAUGCGACCAAAGCAGCAACUACGUGAUUGCCAAGUUUGCCCAGAGCAUCCUGUCGUCCAUGCCCCCCGGCGCCAUCGUCUUGCUCCGAGGAGACCUGCCGGGCAACUCGCUCCGCUACGUGCACUACUGCGAGGGGCUGAGGCCCGACGUCUCGCUCGUGGAUCAGGAGAUGAUGACUUACGAGUGGUAUCUGCCCAAGCUGGCCAAGCACCUGCCUCGCGUCCGCUUUCCCGGGAGCCGGUGGAAUCCCGUUGAAGGGACGCUGCCCGGUGGGGUGGUCACCUUUAAUCUGGAUGGCUUCCUGAAGGCGAAUGAGCGCAGAGAGACCUUCGCCUGCAUCGGGCUCCACGAGGGCGAUCCCACGUGGCGGAAGAGCCACGCGCUCUGGCCGUGGGGCUCCUGCGACAAGCUGGUCCCGGCCGGGCUGGCGUUCGACGCCCAGGAGUGGAUCGGGCUCACGCGGGACCUGUACAACUGGACCGAAGGAUACGGGAGAUUUGAUCCAUCUUCUUGGGAAGCGGUCGCCAACGAAGAGAUGUGGCAAGCAAGGAAGCGCUCGGUAAAUACGGUCGACUGUGGGAAACUCAACUCCUGGCUAACGCUUACGGGAAGCCAGCCAGGUUUUAACCUCUCCUGCCUCAACCCGUUCAUUAAAGCGAUGCCCUGCCGCAACAGUGGUAAGUAGCGGCCGCUCACUCUAAGGGCCGGACCCCCUAGGGGAGAGGAGGGAGCCGGAACGGAAGAGAGACCGUCAGGAAAUCCACCUCCGAGACGCGGCGAGCGAGAGGAGGGGAACCUGAAUUUCUGUCGAGGUGUCGGGGGCCGGGCCUCGAAGAGCCGGCGACGGCCCAUCUUGGGGCCCUGCGCUUAAACCCGGGGGAGAGUAAAAUGGAGUAGAGGUGAUCCCUGCCCUCCAGCGAGGGAGGAGGAGGUGGGAGGGAGCGCUUAAGCGGGCGACAAGCGUGGAGAGCAGAAGUGGCCCGGGAGGUCGCGCGGGAGGGAUGGGAGCCGGGGUCAGAAGGCGAGAGGGAGGCCCGGCGAGGAGGUCGGCGUGAGAAGACUCAAGCGGGCGAGCGGAAGGGGAGGAAUAGCCGGGGGGGAGAGCCGACGGAGCGCCCUAAAGCCGGCCGGCCUCCGGGGCCGCCGCCGGAUAGGGAGAGGAACGGGCAGCCCCUAGAGCUUUCGGAGGAGCCGGGGGGGAGGCGCGCCGAAUGGCCGUUGAGAAGAACGGCCCCGGCGAGGAGGGGG